AACCUUCUUUUGACCAUUCCCUCCUUCUCCUCCCUCUCUUUCUUCUCUUCUUCCUCCUAUCUGCUCCAAUCUUUCCUCCUUCCAUCUCAUUAUAUUUAUAUAUCUCUGUAUCUAUAUGUUUCUCUGAUCCUUUCCAUAAAUGAUCCAUUUCCUUCUCCGCCAGCAAUGGUUUUCGAUCAAAACCUCUGAAAAGUAAAACCUCUCUUCCUUUCUCAGUUUUUUUAUCUUCUGGGUCAACCAUGGGUGGGUGCUUCUCCACCAUCAAAGUCAGUGGCUCAAAUAGCAACAACACCGCCCCCGCCACCCCUGCCUCCAAUCACAACCGAAAACAGAGCACAACAGCCGGGAAGCAAGAACAGAGACCCACCCACGGACCCAAUGAACCGCCCAAGAAGCAGGUUGUUCAUAAACCCAAAAACAAGCUCAACUCUAGGAGCCGGACGGGGGUCAUUCCCUGCGGAAAGCGGACCGAUUUCGGGUACGAUAAGAAUUUCGAUAAGCGGUACACGAUCGGGAAGUUGUUGGGUCACGGGCAAUUUGGGUACACGUACGUUGCAACCGAUAGGGCAAAUGGGGAUCGAGUUGCGGUCAAGAGGAUUGAUAAGAGCAAGAUGAUUCUACCUAUUGCUGUGGAGGAUGUUAAGCGAGAGGUCAGGAUAUUACAGGCCCUUGCAGGCCAUGAAAAUGUGGUCCACUAUUAUAAUGCCUGUGAAGAUGACUCUUAUGUGUAUAUAGUUAUGGAGUUAUGUGAAGGCGGUGAGUUGCUGGAUCGGAUUCUAGAGAAGAAGGACAGCCGUUACACUGAAAAGGAUGCCGCAGUAGUUGUAAGGCAGAUGCUCAAGGUUGCAGCCGAGUGUCAUUUACAUGGUCUGGUGCACCGUGACAUGAAACCUGAGAAUUUUCUUUUCAAGUCGAAAGCCUUAGACUCGCCUUUGAAGGCAACGGACUUUGGUUUGUCUGACUUCAUAAAACCAGGGAAGAAGUUUCAAGAUAUUGUUGGCAGUGCUUACUAUGUUGCUCCUGAAGUAUUGAAACGCAAGUCAGGGCCUGAGUCGGAUGUUUGGAGUAUUGGUGUUAUUACCUACAUUUUGCUUUGCGGGAGACGUCCAUUUUGGGAUAAGACCGAAGAUGGUAUAUUUAAGGAGGUCUUAAGGAACAAGCCUGAUUUUGGUCGCAAACCAUGGCCAAGCAUAAGUAACAGUGCUAAAGAUUUUGUUAAGAAGUUACUUGUGAAGGAUCCUCGGGCAAGGCUAACUGCUGCUCAGGCUCUAUCACACCCGUGGGUUAAAGAAGGAGGUGAUGCAUCAGAGAUUCCUAUCGAUAUAUCUGUUCUCAAUAACAUGCGCCAGUUCGUGAGAUAUAGCCGUUUGAAACAGUUUGCUCUAAGGGCAUUAGCUAGCACACUUAAUCCUGAGGAGCUAUCUGAUCUCAAAGAUCAAUUUGAUGCAAUUGACGUGGAUAAGAAUGGUGCGAUUAGUCUCGAAGAAAUGAGACAGGCACUUGCUAAAGAUGUCCCUUGGAAAUUGAAGGAUUCGCGUGUCCUUGAGAUACUGGAAGCGAGUUUGGAUGUUGCUUCCUUUGUACGGUUUGGGAUGUGGUUGUUUACUUGCUUGGUUCAGAUUGACAGCAACACAGACGGGCUUGUGGACUUCACUGAGUUUGUCGCAGCUACUCUACAUGUGCAUCAGUUGGAGGAACAUGACUCACAGAAAUGGCAGCAGCGCUCACGGGCAGCUUUUGAGAAAUUCGACAUAGAUAGAGAUGGGUUUAUAACUCCAGAGGAACUUAGAAUGCACACGGGUUUAAAAGGUUCUAUUGAUCCACUUCUUGACGAGGCGGACAUUGACAAAGAUGGGAGGAUCAGCCUAUCAGAAUUCCGUAGACUUCUAAGAACUGCGAGCAUUACCUCGAGAACUGUGACUAGCUCACCUGGUCACCGGAAUGCUAGGAAGGUGUAGAUUGGAAGUAAGAGAGUAUGAAGGGUGUUCCGGUUUUCUAAUUUAUAACCAUCUGAACCACUCUUGAACUCAAGUAUUCAGCAAUUUUAUUCUUCAUAGGAUUGAUAUAAACGUUUCACUGAGACGUGUGAUGUUAGAGUUGGUGUGGAUCUGAAAAGAAGGUGGCUCCGGCUCCGGCUACGGUGGUUGUUCUAAGUGUACAUCCUUUUGCAGAUGUUGGAGAUUUGUUGUUUGUGCCAUACAAUUUAUGAUGUGUGACAAAAUAAAUUAUAAAGUAUAGCAGAUUACAACCGGAA